AUGGCAGAACCUGGCUGUGAGACCUCCUCUGAGGAAAGCCUGGGCACGGAUGGAGGAGCCCACAGCAGCCAACCCAAAGAGCCCAAAACAGGUGCAGCCAAGGCGCCAAUGCUGCCGCAGCUGCCACCGCCACCACCCCCCAGCACUUCCCCCAUGCCGGACAAUUUCACCACCUACUUCCCCAGGGUUCUGAAGCAGGUUCACGAGGGCCCGAGCCUCUUGCAGGAGGCUGUGGGUGUCAUGGAUUCGUUCAUUAAGGACAUCUUCAAGCACAUCGCAGACAAGGCCUCUCGCCUGGCCUGCUCCACCAUGCGCACCACUAUCAUCUCCAGGAAGAUCCAGACAGCCGUGCACGUGCUGCUGCCCGGGGAGAUUGGCAAGUGCGCCGUGUCUCAGACCAGCAAGGCAGUCAUCAGGUACACCUUCUGCCAGUGA